AUGUUCCAGAGACUGAACAAAAUGUUUGUGGGUGAAGGCAAUACUUCCAACCAAGAACCAGAAUUCAGUGAGAAAGAAGAUGAUGAAUGGAUUCUUGUCGACUUCAUAGACACUUGCACUGGGCUGUCGGCAGCAGAAGACGAGGAAGAAGACAUCAAUGAAGAGUCACCUCCCGACCACCCUUCAGUCUUCUCCUGUUUACCUGCAUCUCUCGAAUGCUUGGCUGACCCAAGCGACUCCUGCUUCCUCCAGUUUGAGUCCUGCCCCCUGGAGGAGAGCUGGUUCAUCACCCCUCCACCGUGCUUCACAGCCGGAGGGCUGACCGCCAUCAAGGUGGAGACCAGCCCCAUGGAGAACCUGCUCAUCGAGCACCCCAGCAUGUCUGUGUACGCCGUGCACAACUCCUGCCCCGCGCUCAGCGAGGCCGGCUGCGGGGCUGACGAGCUUCACCACCCGGGCAGCCCCAGGGCCAGGAAAAGCUGCUUAUAA